AGACAUACAUAGUCCUAUGCAAUCAGUGAUUUCAGGUGUUCACGGUUCCUGUUAAUGUUAAUGUCAUUUGUCAAAUGGAAGAGACAAGAAAUCCCAUUUGUAAUGGUUUUCGUUAACUUAGAAGUUGGUUUUUAUUUCGUAUUUCAGUAGUUCGUUUCCACAUAUUUUGAUUCAAGUUUAUUCCUAUCAUUGAAUUUAAUGUAUGAUUAUAAAUUAAUAAUAAUUUGAAUUCAUACUUACAAAUAUGGGAUUAUUUGGAAAAUCGUCUCCAGUAGACCCAAAAGAACAGGUUAAUGAAUGGUGUCAUAAAAUAAGAAAAGAGGGCUACCAACUUGAUCGUCAGAUCCGAUCAAUACAGAGAGAAGAAGAAAAAGUGAAGCGAUCAUUAAAAGAAGCGGCAAAGAAAGGUGAUAAAAGUGUCUGCAUCAUUUUAGCCAAGGAAGUGUUAAGAGCUCGUAAGGCAAUCACUAAAAUUCAUACUUCAAAAGCUCAUCUGAACUCUAUUCAGCUGCAGAUGAAGAACCAGCUUGCCACUUUAAGAGUUUCUGGCUCUCUACAAAAGUCAACCGAAGUGAUGCAGUCCAUCCAAAGGCUGAUUAAAGUGCCAGAGGUGGCUGCUACCAUGAGGGAACUCUCCAAGGAGAUGAUGAGAGUAAGCAUUACAAUGGUAUAAUUUUAUCAUAAGCAU